CGCUGCAUCUCCAUCUUUCUUGCAUCCAAAGCUCUUAGACUCCUGUAACAAGUCGUCAUGGCGGAGUACUGGAAGUCAACGCCAAAAUACUGGUGCAAGUUUUGCUCUACGUACGUAAAAGACACCAAGUUCGAGCGCGCACAACACGAAGCCACUGGCCGCCACCAGGGAAACAUCCAGCGCAGUCUCAAGGGUCUACACCGCGAGCAAGAAAAUGAGCUGCGCCAGAAGUCCCGCGCGCAAGCUGAGGUCGCACGACUCAACGGCCUUGUACCCUCAUCUUCCACUCCCUCAGUAGCGACCGGCGUAGGCGGCACACCCACGUUCGAGAAGCGGCCCGAGAAGAAGGCGACUGUAGACGACAGGAAACGACAAUGGGAACAACUAGCAGCUAUGGGGGUUGCACUGCCCGAUGCUGCAAGAGGGGAUUUGGCGAUUGCAGGGGACUGGAAAACCGUCUCUCACCAGGUGGUGGGAGAAGUCAACGAGGAGGGAGAGUUCAAAUCACUAGCCCUGAAUAAGGGUGUAAGAAAGAGGAAAAUCGACGAGGAGGAAGAAGAGCGGGAAGCAGCGGGUGAAGUCAUUACGAAAAGGAAAGGAUGGGGUCAUACAUUCAAGGCUUUCCCAGGCAGCAAAGGUGGGGAUGAUGACAUAGAGACACUACUUGGGAAGAAACCAGCAGAUCAGGAGGUCAAGAAGGAAAAGGAAGAUGAUAGCGGUGUGAAAGCAGAGGCUAAAGAGGAAAGCGAAGACAAGGCUCUCCAGGAUAUACCCACGGUGGCGGAGGCGGAGGCACAGGCUUCUAAGGCCACGGUCAAACAGGAGGAAGAUGCACCAGCCGCACCCACCGUAGUUUUCAAGAAGAGGAAAAGGAUUACGAAGUGAUGCAAGCAGGAUAAAGCUCCUUUUGAAGCAAAACUCGACAGUACCACUUCACGACGCAAAUGCUUCGACGACCCACGGACUCAUUCGGCGUCAAAACACAGGCCACGGGAGCACACUAUUCCUUGACCUUGCGAUUCCGAAAGCUUUCGCCAAAUCAUACCGCUCAACUCUUUGAGAUUUGGCUGACUACUGUGGACUUUGUGUGAGCCACAUUACACAAUCUAGCUGUGAUAUCGCUUGAGGAGGAGUGAGCAUAGGGUAGAUGAUUAGGUCGAUCAGACUGUAAGAUAUACAGUGCAAACAGCCGGUAAUAGACAUCGCGCAGAGCCAUUUGCACAGUGGUCGAUAUCUGGGUCGCUCAGACAAAGAUUUGGGAGCGGGGCGAGUAUUGACUAUUUGACAACUUCAACCUGCAAGACUUCCAGUGUGAUCACUAAGUCAUCACUUAGACAGUAUAAAUUCAAUACUCUCCUAAUACCUUG